CUUGGGGGUGACCUUCAUACUAAGCAAAUAAGUUAAACGGAGGUCGAUGUUUCCGAUUUAUGAAAGAUAUCAAAAGGAGCGGUGAUAGGAUACUUCCUGACAACUAGAAGAUCAUGAAUGAUGACAACACUUAGCUGAUGAAAUAAGGACGCAAUCCCACGGAUUUGAGUGCUCAUGAAAUGGCAUUUCUAGGAUUUUUUGUUUUGCCACGACGGCGUCCUUUUCGCCUUGCUUGUAUCCGCCAUUACUCGCAUUCUUGGUAUCACAAAAUGUCGACAAAAGGAAAUGUUUGACGCCACAGGAAAAUGUAGCAAAUAAUGUAUAGUGAAGCAUACAGAUAAUGUCCUCUGAUGAUAAUGAAAGGACCAUCCUGAUGUCAACUGAGGCUGAGAAACAGAAAAGGACUCCAGACUGGAGUCGAUUUGGACUCACUAGUGAUGAACAGAAAUGGUCCUCACCUCAGAAAUCUGACAGUACCUUUGGUAGUUAUCAGCAAGGAGGAGACGAACAACAAAAUGAACUCUUUAGAGAAGAACAGAACUUAUCAGAACAUAGGCCAUGGUGGAAAGCCAACUUUUUCAUUAUGGAGCCAGUGUUGUUUGGAACAUGGGAUGGUGUGUUCACUUCUUGCCUCAUCAACCUCAUUGGAGUUAUCAUCUUCCUUCGAAUGGGAUGGAUUGUGGGUAAUGCAGGAAUAUGGAUGACGAUUUUCAUUAUCUUUUGUGCUGUAUUUAUUGUGUUCAUAGUAGCUGUGAGUGGAAUCGGAGUCUGUGAGAGAUGCAAGAUGGGUAAAGGAGGCGUUUACUUCCUGUUGUCUCACGUCAUGGGAGGUCGUAUUGGUGGCAGUCUGGGAAUCAUCUACUGCUUUGCACAGGCUGUAGGAUGUUCUCUGUCAGUGAUGGGGUUUGGUGAAUCUAUCCUGGGAUUAACAGGAUUAGAUAAUCCAUGGAUUGCUAAAGGGGUAGCAACUGGUCUAGUCAUACUACUUUUAGGUAUUAAUGUAGCGGGUGUGAAGUGGGUGGUUAGGUUCCAAUUGAUACUACUUAUUGUUAUGUUUUUGUCUGUGAUGGAUUUCCUGGUAGGAUCAUUUGUACAUACAGAGCCAGAGUCUGGUUUCACAGGAUACGAUAGUUAUAAUCUACGUAACAACUCAGGACCACAUUAUGUUGAAGAUCAGAGUUUCUUCACAAUUUUUGGAUUAUUUUUCUCCACUGUGACAGGGAUUUUGGCAGGAAUUAAUAUGAGUGGUGAUCUCCACGACCCUCUGUCUAAUAUACCAAAUGGCACUCUGGCAGCUUUAGGAUCUUCAACUUUGCUGUACAUAUGUUUUACCAUUGUGUUAGGAGCUACAUGCCUUCGUCCCUACCUCCAACAUGACUAUAUGAUAUCACAAAAGGUAUCUGUAGUUGGUGUUUUAUGGUUAGCAGGAUUAUAUAUAUCAUCAAUAUCAAACUGUAUGGGUAGUUUAUAUGGACCACCUAGAAUCUUGCAGUCCAUAGCCAACGAGAAUGUUAUACCACUUAUCAGGAUUCUAGGCCAGGGGAGAGGCCCAAAUAAAGUUCCCAUCUACGCAUUAAUAGUUAUUAUUCUUGUUGUACUGUUAUUUGUUUUUGUUGGAGAUGUUAACACUUUAGCGCCAAUUGUCACGACAGCAUUUAUGAUGACGUACGCUGCCAUAGACUAUUGUUAUUUUGCUCUUGCUAUGACUUACGAUCGUAGACAAGAAAGAGACUUAAGGUAUGGACCUCCAAAGAGGAACUCACAGGGAGAAAUUACAAAUGGAACUGUUGGGUAUGGUACGACAGGUUCAGUUGAUGUUAGGCCAAAGGAUUCAUUUGAGAAAGUAAAAACAGACUUGGAUAAACUUUUUCCUGAGAGAAUGACACAAAGAGGGCAGCACCAUCAUAUACGAGAGAGUAGUAUUAAGACUCAGAGUUGUGCUACGACACCAGAAGCGGACUUUGACGCCACAAAGAGAGACAAAUCAUUGGAUACCUUUUCUGAACAUACUGAUACCUCAUCUCUACUUGUAGAUAAAGAUGGCAGUGGCGAACCAAAGAAAUCUCUGAGUGAUGAGAUCACAAUGUUACCAAGAUCCUGGUAUUCUGUUCUGUGCAAUAGAUGGCUAUCAUUGUUUGGUGUGAUAGUGUGUGUUAUCAUCAUGUUUUCCAUUAAUUGGAUAUAUGCCUUCGUUGAGAUAUCUGUAGCUUUCAUCAUUUAUAUUUACAUUGGGCAGGCUAGCCCAGGUUAUUUUCCAGGUAUAGCAGAAUUUAACAUGUAUGAUUGGAUUAAAGAAGGAUUCCAAAGAUGCUGCAGGGGAGGUAAGCAUCCAGAGGAAAUAAUUGUUGCCCCAACCACACCCGCAGUCCAAACACUGGCAUCCCAACUUACAGAAGAUAAUGAAGAUUUUGCCAGUAGAGGAAGGUAUCAUCAAUCAGAAAUAGUCAGGGGAGAGAACUUUGAUGAAUAUGACAGCAGCUAGUCACUUAUGUGUUUUAGGUCGUGUAGUUUUAGAAUGUAAUUUCAAUAUUGUCAAUGAAUGUGAUCUUUAUUUUAAAAUCAGUUGGUGACACAAAAUUGGCAUUGUUUUUAUGGCAGUCAUAUGCAAUAAUAAUAUGAUUGAAUACUGUUAGUUCAGAAAUUUUUGCCUGCAUUUAUCAUUUUGACAGUUAAUCAGUUUACAGACUAAAAUGUGCUUUAAAUAAAAGAAUUGAGAAAAAUUUAAAUUGGGAAUUUUGAUUUACGAUGCUGUCUUUUUUUGCAGCCUACAUCCAAUGCCAAAAUUUUGGAAUUACUGUCAUUGAUCUGUUAUCAAUGUUAUUGCCGAAUUUAAAUGGAACCAACUUUUUUUUGCCAAACAGAUAAAUCAUUAACCUCAGAAGCCAAUAUAAAACAGUUCUUAUUUAAGGUUCUCUGCUACAAAGACAAUUGGCAUUGAGUUUUCCUUUCAGUUGCGAGAAUAACAUUUUUCACUGCCAAAUGUUUGAAAAUGAAACAAAUUUCAUAUAAUUAGUCAGGUUUAGUAAUUCUAGUUAAUUUAUUGUGAUUUUUUAACUUUGCCAGUUUUCAACAAAAAUUUAAACAUGUAUAAGAAUUUUAUUUUUAUUGACUAUUAAUUUGACUAAUAUGUUAUAUUUUUAAGGGUUCUAGGUAAGAACCACUUUAAUGAUUACCUCCCUUGAAAAUAUUUAAGCUGAAUCUCAAUAAUGACGUUAAGCCAGGUAAAAUAGGCCUUUUGUUUUCUUUUUUUUGGUCCAUCUCAUUUUCUGUAAAUAGGGUCUUGUCUUCUUAUAUUCAGUUCUUUGUAAAGAAUGCAUUUUAAUCUCUUGAGGUUUUGAUAAAAUGUGAUUAAAAGUGAAUUUUCAUAAAUUGUCUAUUGCAAAAGUAUGGUUUUAGUCCAUACUAUGUAAUGAAUAAGAUUUAUGUAAAAUUUUGGGUCUUUCCUUCCUUGUCUGUGGCUUCUAACUGACUGCUCUGAGUUACAAAACAUUGUAUCCUCUUAUUUUCUUGAAAAAAAAAAAAAUAAUAAAUACUUAUUUUCUUGUGAUUUUUGGGAAAUUCAAUCAGUACUGUGAUGGUGACAUUACUAAAAGUGAAAAAAAUAUAAAGCUGUUGGGAAAGUUUCUUCAGGUCAGAAUUGGUAAAAAAUAGCUAGUAGAUUCGUGGAAAUUGUUAAUAUUAGAAAGAUUUGAUCUACUAUGUUAAGAAAUAAUCAUGAAUAGGUCUAUUUAUCAUUGCUCUUCAUGGCUUCAAAGUAACCAGGGUAAAAGGCUUUCUUUGCUGUGUUUUCUUGUAAAUGUAUAAAGCUCAGGGCUCUGGGUCAUAACACUUUACUCUACUCGAGAAUACAAAAUUUGUGCCAGAAACACCAAAUCUAGUAUUUUGAUUGAGUGCUUUUUAUACGACCGCAAAAAAAUUUUUGUGGUCGUAUAUUGGUAUGACGUUGGCGUCGUCGUCGUCGUCGGCGUCGUCGUCCGAAUACACAUUAGUUUUCGCACUCUAACUUUAGUUUAAGUGAAUGGAUCUCAAUGAAAUUUUACCAUAAGGUUCAAUACCACAAAAGGAAGGUGGGGAUUGAUUUUGGGGGUUAUGGUACUAACAGUUAAGGAAUUAGGGGCCAAAAGGGGCCAAAAAUAAGCAUUUUUGUAACUUCCAGACAUAACUUGUGUGUAAGUGUAUGGAUCUCUCUGACAUUGUACCACAAGGUUCCAUAUCACAAAGGGAAUGCUGGGAUUGAUUUUGGGGGUAAUUGCCUCCAAAUUUUAGGAAUUAGGGGCCAAAAAGGGGCUAAAAACAAGCAUUUUUCUAGUUUCAUGACAAUAACUUGUUUGUAAGUGUAUGGAUCUUUAUGAAAUUGUACUACAAGGUUCCAUAUCACAAAGGGAAUACUGGGAUUGAUUUUUGGGGUAAUUUCCUCCAAAUGUUAGGAAUUAGGGGCCAAAAAGGGGCAAAAAACAAGCAUUUUUCUAGUUUCAUGACAAUAACUUGUUUGUAAGUGUAUGGAUCUUUAUGAAAUUGUACUACAAGGUUCCAUAUCACAAAGGGAAGGCUGGGAUUGAUUUUGGGGGUUUUCCCUCAAAAUUUUAGUAAUUAGGGGCCAUAAAAGGGCAAAAAAAACAUGCAUUUUUCUAGUUUCAGGACAAUAACUUGUGUGUAAGUGUAUGGAUCUUUAUGAAAUUGUACUACAAGGUUCCAUAUCACAAAGGGAAAGCUGGAAUUGAGUUUGGGGGUAAUUGCCCUAAACGUUUAGGAAUUUGGGGCCAAAAAGGGGCCAAAAAACAAGCAUUUUUCUAGUUUCCAGACAAUAACUUGUGUUUAAGUGUAUGAAUCUCUCUGAAAUUGUACUGCAAGGUACCAUACCACAAAGGGAAAGCUGGGAUUGAGUUUGGGGGUGAUGAAUCAUAAG